AUGUCGGCAUUCACUGGCUUCACUCCCGAGUUCGACGGCUCCAGUCUCCAGCAAGGCUCCUUCCCCGGUCAAUUCAACACCGGCUGCGACUCUACGUCAUUCGUCAUGAACACCGAGGCUCAGGUCGCUGAACUGAAGAGCUGGGCAAACCUUGUCGGGAAUGACUGUACCCUCACGCCCGAGCAAAUCACCGACCUUCAUAUUAAUGUCGAUUCCAUGAAGAACUGCCUCCACUUCGGCGACAUUCAGUCACGCAUCCACAUGUUUGCGCUAAUCUACAGUGUCCAGAACGAACAGAAGCAGCAGCGUGUCAAGCUCGACAAGUGGAACCAGCUCAUCGAUAUCACUCUGCGGCAAUGGGAGGAGCGAUUUGCCUUGACACGCUCCCAGCACAACCGCGUCAUCAAGAAGUUGAAGGUUCGUGUCUGGGAGCCGCAGCGUACGUGCUGGGCUGAUCUCGCAACCGACCUGGAGAAGGAGAUGAAAGCGGACUCCAAGUUUGCCGACGUCUACGAGGAAGGCAAGGAUAACGGUGUAGAGGUCUUGCGCGACGACUGCAAGCUGCAGGCGAAGGGGGCGAGGGGGAUCUUGUGCCUCGAUUGCUAUGACACCAUGCUUGUGACAGCCGCAAAGAACUCUGGUAUGAAGGAGCUCGGCGAGGCGACGCUCUACAUUGCCGACAAGCUUAGGAGCAAGUCGUUCUACUUGCUAUCGAACCCGAUCCCUGUCCGCUAUCAGAUACAUACCGCGCUUUUGCGCCGCUUCACAUACGAGAACCAGUGGUAUCAGUGGGUACUGAAAAGUGUCGAGAAGCGCGGCGAAGAUGGUGAGGAGGUGGAGGUGUCGAAGAAGAGGAAAGGGCCCGGUGGUAGGGUUGCCAAGGGCAAAGACUACUGGCCUAUGGUCAACACCUGGUUCGCCAAGCUCUUGGGCGAGAAGGGCGACGACUUGAACUCAGAGGCAUGGAAGGAAUACUAUUUGGAGACGGUUUGCCUCGAUCGCCAGCGUUUCGGGCAUGGCGCCAUGCCUGCUCAUCGCCAGAAACUGCUCGAACCCCUCGGCCCUCAAUUUGAUGUUCCCGUCACGCCUCGCGCCGCCUCCGCCAGUCCCGAGCCCCCCGCAGCUUCCAGUUCUACUGGCCCGUUGACCAUCCAGCAGAUGUGCCAACAGCAGAUGGCACAGUAG